UUUGGCGGUUAUGGUGCUUUAAAUCAUUUAACUGGUAUUGUACAUUGUCGAUCAAUUUUUUUCUAGUUGUAGAUAGAAACUAGUUAGUCGCAUGUCAAAGGUGGUCAGUUCUCAGUAUUAUGAGCAAUUGGACGACACUGCUAGAGUCCAGUACCGAGAUCUUUUACUUACCACUCAGCAAAAGGACAUUUUCUUUCUACCGCUGUCUCUAGCAAGGUUCUGUGUUCGCGAAAAUUAUCGAGUCGUUGGCUCGUCAAAAAGUGACUCCUCUAGCGAUACACACUUGCUCUCCAUCGUUUCUAGCCGGUGUCUUUGCAGCUUUUCUUUUGCUGACUAUACCGUUGUGUGUCUUUGCUAUUUAAAAGGAGAGAAAACCUGGCUUUCCUUUUACGUCGCUGAAAACAACAUUUUCUCCCCGAGCCACAGUUUUUUUCUUGAUUAUUUUUUGUCAGAUGUUACGUGUUCGCGUUGUUUUUCCGUUGGUGGUUUUCCAAACCUUAGUUAUGGUUUAAGAUUUUUUGCUUUGGACGCAAAUAACGUGUUUGUUGUUGUAUGGGUGGACGACGACAUAGUUGCUUUUAAAGUCAGUCAUGAACAAUCUUCUAUUUCUAUUGAGAAGCAGUUCACUUUUUCAUUUGGAAGUAGUCUAAGGGAUAUUUCCAUAAACGGUCUCUAUGAUCCUUGGUUUGCAGCGGUGUGCGUGAAUGGUUCGAUCUACUAUGGUAAAUUGUUGGAUCCAUCAUCAACCUCGAAGUGUUUGCAAGUGAAUGGUUGUACUGCAGUUGAGAGAAAGAAAUUCCAUUUUAUCCAUUUUUGCUGUCGUCCUUUUUUAGCAGUAGUUUUAAGUGAUUCUGGGAACAUGUUCGUGUUGGAUAUGGUCAAAAAUAGGAUGGAAAAAGUAUGGUAUCUUCAUUCACUUGAUGAAAGUUUUACGAAUAGGUUUAUUUCUAUAAGUCGGUCAAAGUCGAACCCAUUUGAGUUUUAUAUUCUUACUCGUUUCCAUAUUCAUACUUUUGAUGAACGCCAACUUCAUCAUCCCGUUAAAUCUUUUGCCCAUUUUUUGAUGAGUUUUCAACCUUUUUGUUUAGAUGUAUAUCAUAUGGCAAGAAAUGAUUUACUUGUGGUGGGGUGUGAAUCAGAAUGCUAUAUUCGUUUAUUUGUCGUUCCACAAGUGAUCGACCAAUGGAAAUUUCCACAUCUUACGGAACCCUACAAUGUCCACCUUCAUCUCCAGAGUUUCUUUUCUGUACCAGAGAAUAUGAAAGGUUUUGAUUCGUAUCAUUCAUAUAAAAUAUGCUUUCCUCAUCACUCGAAGAAACGUGCUAUUCUAGGAGACGCAGCUUUCGUGCAUUUUACUAGUAUGAACAACAAUGUACCGACAUUACUUGCUGUUCGAGGUGAAUUUCUCUAUGGUUGCUCGAUUGCAUUCGAUCACCAUGUGUCUAACCAUAUGGAAUACCUUUGGAAUCCAAUUGGGAGGUUGUUCUUGAGUGAGGAGAGAGUCAAGACGACAUCGAGGAGAAGAGUUUCCAAACUAACAUUGACGCAGUUACUCGAAGACAGCAUUUCGGAAUGUAAAGAGUCUUAUUUUCUAUUCAGUGUCUCACAGCUAUUGAAACGGCUAACAGGGUCCUUAUCCAAUCCAUCAGUUUCCUCCGAGUUGAUAAAGUCACAUACUACAAAGAUUGAACGAGAAUACAAGCUGAAGGUUCCUCAAUUAUCUUCAGAGUUGUUGAGUGAUAUUCUUGAAAAGUUACCCGACUCUCUUGAGUCGGAUGUAGAUGACAAAGAAUUUCCCCAAGAGAGGUUUAUGGAUAAAAGAAAGCAGAUCGUUGGUUCUCUGUUAGACAGAAAUACGAUCGAUAAAGUGAAAGAGUCUAUGGAUGACUGGAUUGUUUCUUCAGGAGAUUUAGAAACCAUCUCUUUGUGGGAAAGAAACAUCCCACCACAGUGUACUUCAUCCACCCAUAUAAAGCAUUAUGUGUUGAAUCCAAAAAGUGAAACAAAGAUGCAUUUUUGUGUUUCUGAUGAAGUGAAGAAGAUAGUGAACGAUGUUUGGAGUUGUUACUUUUCGGAAGCAUAAACUAUAAUAGCGCAUGUUGUUCGG